CACUUGACACAGAUGAUGUCGACGUAAUAUCUAUUCAUCCCUUUUCUACCAAACUGUCUAUUCAUCACCAGUUGAAUAAAUCAGUCAUAUACCCACCAGUACCAUAUAGUAUUGACACUACUUGGCAUAUACUCCGUACAACACAACCCCAACCCUACCCACCACCCAACCUGCGCUCUUCACAAAAACAUCACGGCAUCAUCCUCGCAGAUCAAACAGACAACCAGACAACCAACAAUGCCACCGCUGCAUCUCUUCACAAACACAGCAUACACAGAGCCGACGCCGUCGGCGACGCAGAACCUGGUGAAGCUGUUUGGGCUGUCGAACAUCGCGGCCUCUGUUGCGCGGCAGCAUCCUGACGGGAGCAAGAAUAAGCUGCGGAAGAGUUAUAAGGGGUUUAUCUCUGAUUUGCCCGGCAAAAACGAAAUCCCGACAGAACACUACCUCCUCCGCCUCCUCUACGCCCCCCAAAACGACCUCCCCCCACCAAAACUCUCGUCCUCCCUCGACCCCUCGCUUCUCGACACCGUCUUCACCAUGGAAAAAACUCCCGACACCGGCAUCCCCGGCUUCGACCCCACCGUCCUCGGCAUCCUCAACGCGCCUCUCUCCCCGCCCGCCUCCGCCGGCGCCGGUGGUGCUGCUGGGGGUUCUGGAUACGGCAAACGUGAUCGCAUGUCGGCUGGGGCCGAGAGUUCGGCGGGUGAGGAGAGGAGUAGGAAGAGGUCGAAGAGGAAGAGCGGGGCUGUCACGGGUGGUGAGGGAAGUGAUGUCGGACUCUCGACCGAUGGAGGCAGCAAGCGGAAGAAAAAGAGACGGACAAAUGCCUAGUCUUUCUAUUUUAUAUACUAGUUAUCAUUAUCUGGAGUUUGGUUGUUACUGCAUC